AUGGCUACACCAACUAAAUCCCAGAACAUUUCCACACCGAAGCCGCAGCUCUCUCCUCCUAACAGACUCAUGGCCUCGCCUCGACCUGGCACCUCAGGCAACUCGAGUCGCCCUCUCGCCUACAAAUCUCCCGCCGUCAAGACUCCAGCCUCAGGACACGGACAUCAUGUCAGUGUCUCCUCACAACCCUCUUCCACACCCCUGGCGGCAACUGCUGUUCAUGAUGACCUGCUAGCUCUCAAUUCGCCUGCAACCGCUCUCAUCAACUCCCUGGGCGCUACAGGACUCACGCCUUUGGGAAGCGGUGCCGACGGCCUGGGCAUUACCACAACUCUGCCAGGUGGUCCCGUUAGACCUGCUCCUCCUCCUAUAAACCCCGAGGUAGAACGACUGCACAGGGCGGAACUGGUCGUUGAUAUGCUCAAGAGUCGCAUCGCUGGCCACGGAAUCACGCGUGGAGGGGUGGAGAGAAUUGCACAGCUACAAGGGUUCACCACUCUAUGGGACGACGAUAACCUGACAAUCGCGGGAAAUUGCGUCGAUCUCGAGAUAAACUUCGAAGCUGGUGGUAGAGACGAGGUUAGGGAUGUUAGUCUCAAGCUUAACAUAUCAGACACAGCGUCCGAAAACGAGGAGCCUCAGUUCCAAGAACAAGGCACCCAGGUUAUUAAGGAUAAUCUGCGAAAUCUGGAUGUUGUCGACGGAGUAGCGCGAUGGAAAUCUCUUGAUUCUUUUGCUGCCAACUUACAGUACCUGAGCCAACUCGAUAGAAUCGAGAGCGGAACGCCGUGCUUUACCGCAGUGGGAGACCUAUACAAUGCGUUCCAGAAGAUUUGGAAUGCAGAGAAGGAGAAGUUCAGAGGGCGAACUCUUCGGCAACAUUUGAGACAGGGCGCUGUUGGCAGACCUGUGAUGGAUCGAAAGCCCAGAUUGGGUCUGGCAUUGGACUUUUGGGGCCCUAAGGAGGAACUAGGCCAAACACCUGAAGCGAUCGCCAACGAUAUGGUCGACGAUGCCACAUGCCUCUACACGGCGCAGAUAUCUUGCGAGCCUGGGUUACCCUCGACCGCCACCACAAAGCAGUGGGUCUCGGACCGUGUUCUUAUCGAGGACCAACACGAAAUGCUGGAUGUCGGAAACGAGAAAUUGAAGCCAGACUGGCGAGACCCUGCCCAGGAUUCGUCGAGCUCAGAUCCAUUGGUCAAGGCGGAAUCAGAUGAAGCAAGCACGGAGAAGCCGACAGAUAUGGCCUCAGGCGUCUUGGACAUGCACUUCUUAUGCACCUUGCAGCCCGAAGUCUACCUCCCUCUCAAUAUAGCAGCCGGCCUCAACGUGGAGAUUGCCAUGGUGGACAUCAACCAAGAGCAGACCUCGACAUAUCAAGUGGCGCUGCAUAAACACUUCAACAUUGCCGCUGUCAAUGGUAUCAGAAGCGCCCCUCAAGAGAGAUGGCUUAGAGUCUUACCGAUUGCUGACGAUAAAGAUCCAACCCGGCUGCGACGGCAUUCAUAUGCCUUGCAAUCCUCCCGGCACGCUCCGCCCCUAUGGUGUUAUCCUGUGAAGCACCUGAAGUUCAACCAUCCUAAACAGCUUGCAGCUGUGUUGCCUGUUAUUCGACAGUACGCCGUUGUUUGGGGCAUUCUGCGAAAUCUGGCUGAGCACGAGAGUAACCAACAGGCAUGCCCGUCAAUGGCGGCCCAAUCCACCAGGAAACAGAAUUCAGAAUCCACCCACCGACCCCUAAAGCGCACGAACAAGAAGACCCCCGGCUCUGACCUCGACGAUCUCGUGAGGCCAAAUGGUGAGCUGGAUCCUGGUGAGCCGUUGCCAAUCGACCUGAUCCUGGAUGUGCUCUCUGAUGUUCCGAAGGCAAGGCUUGAUGUGUACAUCCCGUUGCGCCUGCCGCUUAGAAGAAAUCAAAAGCCCCCGUUCAUUUUCUUGUCCUUGAAUAUCUGUCAGGGUGGCGGAAUUGAAGUUCGAGACUUGCGCGGAAUCCACAAAGAUGCCGCGGAUAGUGUGGGCUUUCGAUCCAAGAUCGUGCGGAUUUUGGAGGUGACGGAAGAUAUUGGCUUGAUGGUUGAAUGGCUUCUAGAGCAAGCUUUUGCGCGCAGGUGA